GCUCAACGUAAAAAAUUGAAUUGUUCCUGUGCGCGACUCGCAGACCAAUUAAUUGUGCGCCGAUGGACGCAGCAUGAUGAAAACAUGCGCCUCCGCGAUUUUCCUCUUCUGCCUGCUGCUGACCCCGGUCGAUAACGAAAACAAACGCCAGAGGAAGGUGGCCAGAUUCGCAUCCAAAAAUUUGAGAAGCGUGAGAACGGCGAGCAAUUCCAAAAUCAUCCGUCUCAGGCCAAACAUAAACGUUUUGAACAUUCUGGUGACAAGAAACAGUUCAAAACGGGCGUUUAUCAUCAGAUGUUGCGGUAGAGAGACCUGCAGGUUUGACUCGCGAGGCCAAAAGAGUCAAAAUGAAAUUGUCCACAUUGGAGGGAGGAACUAUUUUUUCCCCUCAACCAGAGCGUCUUCGUACGAGGAUGCGGAAAAGCAGUGCAGGGCAAAGGGGAUGGACCUGAUCUCGCUGGACAGUCCUUACGAGGACACCAUGGUCUCCAAACACCUUUCCAAAAUCGGGUCUUCUUCGAGGAUGGUUUUGACGGCGACGCGACGCAAGACGAGCUUCAAGUACCUGAGCGUGAACGACCAGCCGGCGCCGCACCUCAACUUCGGCAAGCAGGUGCCCCCUGGCAGGGUGUUCGGCGACUGCGUGGUCACCUGGAAGGGCGCCAUGUACCAACAGGACUGCGCCAAGACCAUCAACUUUGCAUGCGAGCAAAACAACUACGGAUUGCAACCAAUUGCUUCAGCUCCUGUUGUGCAGAUCGGUGGCAGGGAAUAUCUUUUUCCCAGCGACAAGGCGAGUGCGGCAGACGCUGCAAAACUUUGCCAAAGCCGAGGAAUGCAGUUGAUUUCGCUGGAAACACCAAAAGAAUCGAACCUCAUCAUGGACUACUUGAAAUCCAACAGUUUGGACUCUGUUUUGACGUCACUGACAAAGAAGGGCGACAACUUGAACUGGCUGGACUCGGUGGUGGCCGAUUUUGUGCAAUGGGCGCCAAACCAGCCGGCGGCCACCGAGGCCAAGUGCGGAAGCUUCGGCGCCAAAGGAAUGGCCACCGUUGCCUGCGACGCACCUUCCACUUUUGCUUGCGAGGCCGAUAAGGACUUAAGAAAGCCAAUUGGCGAAGCUGAAAUUUUCUCCAUUGGCGACGGAAAGUACCUUUUCCCGUCCGACACGGGUACUUUUGAGGAGGCGCAGAAAAUGUGCGGGUCGCGGGACAUGGACCUGAUGUCGCUGGCGAGCGGCGCGGAAGCGAGCGCCGUUUCGGAUUUCCUGGGAUCGCUCGGGGCGUCGACGGCGCCGGUGAUGACGUCGCUGCAGCAGGACGCGGGCGGCGACUUCAGCUGGCUGGGCGGCGUCGCGGCCUCGGUGCUCGGCUGGGCCCCCGAGCAGCCCAAAAAGGGCCAAGGCUGCGCCGGAAUAAGCGGCGGCCAGUUUUUCGGCCUCGACUGCAACCAGAAGAACCACUUCGGCUGCGAGGCCAAAAAAGACGAUGAUCCUCUGUCAAAAUUGCUCUCCAUGGCGGAAUGUAAAUUAGAUAUCUCUUUUUCUUUUCAUUUUUUAAUUAAGCAAAUUAAUAUUAAAAAAAAUUCAUUUGAAGCCACCUUGAAGCAAAUCGGGGAAAGCGGUUAUGUGGUGCCGAAAGAAAAGGCGAAAUACGACGACGCGUCGAAAAUCUGCGGGUCCCGCGACAUGAGCUUGGCGUCGCUGGAGACGGUGGCCGAGAACGACGCCGUCAAGGACUGGCUGGGCGACCUCGGCCUCUCCUCCACCGCCAUCCUGACCUCGCUCAAGAAGUCGGGCGUCGACUCGUUCGACUGGGUCGGCGGCGUCGCCGCCCAGUUCCUCAACUGGGCGCCCGACCAGCCGGCCGCGGCCGCCGGCGACUGCGCCACCCUCGGCGGCCUCGGACUUUCGGCCGCCGACUGCAACACCGUCUCCAACUUCAUCUGCGAAACCAAAUCCUCCACCACUCAAGCCACAACAACGACAACAGAAGACCCAUUCAGCAAGCUCCUCUCAAUCGCAGAAGCGGAAGUGGUGAAGCUGACGAGCGGAAACUACAUUUUUCCGAGCGACAAGAAAAACUUUGUGGACGCGGAGGCCGCGUGCAGCACCCGCGGAAUGGGCCUCGCGUCCCUCGAAACGCUGGCCGAAAACGACGUCGUCAAGGACUUCCUCGGCGGCAUGGGUCUGUCGAGCCAAACGGUGCUGACCUCACUUAAGAGCGUGGGCGCCGGGUCGUUCGAGUGGCUGGGCGGGAUCGCGGCCCAAUUCCUGCCGGCGUGGGCCCCCGGCGGGGCCCCAGGCAACGGCGGACCCGACGACGGCUCCUGCGCCGGCGUCACGGCCCUCGGCCUCAAAAGCGCCGACUGCGACACCCUCAACCACUUUCUGUGCGAGGAAAAAAACUCCACAACCGCAGCCCCAAGCACCACCCUCAUGACACCGUCGACGACGACAACAACAGCAACAACCACUCAAACGGUGACGACGACUGUUGCUACUACCACAACUACAACAACAGCAACAACAACAACAACCACAAUCAAACCGGCUCUAAACGUGAUCAUUAACAACAAGACCUACUACUUAUCAAACGAAACAGCAACAAGAGAGCAGGCGAUUGCUUUGUGUUUGAAGCGGAAUCAAUCUUUGCUGGUUGUGGAAACGCUGGGGGAACAUUUGGCCCUCUUGUCUGCACUUUUGAAUAACAGCAAAUUUCUGGGCUCGUACUCGUACGUGACGUCGCUGAUCAAAACGAAUGGCCUGUACAAGUGGCUGAACGAGUCUGCGUUUGACCUGACGGCGGUGCAAUGGGCGACCCUGCCUUUGGUGCAGGACGCGUGCGCCGCCUACGUCAACGCGACCCUUCUGCCCUUCCCCUGCGCCAACGCCUCCACCUUCAUCUGCGAAGACCCUACCCCACCACGCCAAAAAAUCAAUGUGACGAUAGUUGCCGACGGUGUGAGCUACUUUUUCUCUGCCAAAACUGGCAACUUGAGCGUGGCCCAGGCCGACUGCAGGGCCAUGGGAAUGGCGCUGCUCUCGCUCGAAACGCCGGCCGAGUUUUCCCUCCUCCAAAAUCUUGUGCAAAAUCUAAGCAUUAAUUUGAUGGGGACGUACUUGACCUCGCUGACCACAGUGUCGAUGUCUAGCAACAACUAUGGCUUGCAGUCUGUGUGGGACACGGGGGUGAUUUUCUACCCCACACAAGUGGGGUUGACGGCGACGCCAUCAUUGGGUUCUUGCGGCUCUUUCAAGGACAAGGUUUUUGCAUUCACCAAUUGCUCGGAUGCCACCGAGUACAUUUGCGAGCAAACAACUCCGAAACCAGCGUUGAACGUGACACUACUUGGCAAAAACUACUACUUUUCCAACAAAACUGCGACAUUGACGGGCCAGGACCCGUGUCUCCAGUUUCCAGGCUACGCAUUGUUGUCCAUAGAAAGUAUUCUGGAGAGAAACCUGGUGGCGGGUUUGCUCACGAAUCUGACCCUGAACUUGAACGGCUCCUUCUGGACUUCGCUCAACGCCUUCGGCUGGGGCAGCUUCACGUGGACUUCAAAAACCGUGACCACUUUUCUGAAUGAGACCGUCGAACUCCAACCGGCUAAUUUUUACCCGUUCACCUGUUUUGCCCUCAUGCAGGGUCGCCUCGCCAACGCCAACUGCUCCAACUCCUUUUUCUUCAUUUGCGAAACCCGCGCUGAGCACCAGUGGGACGCAGUAUCUCACUUUCAACUCGCUGGGUGACUUUUUGGCGGCCAAACAAACUUGCAGGGCGCACAACAAAACCCUGGCGUCCUUGGAGGCCAGCAUCGAGUUUCUUGACCUCGCCAGGGCCAUCGAUCUUGCCAACCCCGUCCUGAGCAAUGCUUCGAACGCCU